AUGUCGGAAUUUGUCCCUGGGAUUGCCCUUACGGGUGACUUCUUUGCCGAAGUGGUCCAACCCAUCCUGGCGACACAAUUCCCAGCCUUGCAGUACGGCGCCGCCCUCAUCGGCCCAGGCAGCGAGGUUCUCGGCUUCGACACGCCCAUGUCUAUGGACCACGACUGGGGCUUGCGCGUCUUUCUCUUCCUGCGCGAGCAAGACGCGCAGGUCUUCUCACACCGCAUCGCCAGCGUGCUCAGCCAUGAGCUGCCGCCUGUGUUCCGGGGUGUACCUGCAGCCAUUACCACACUGACCACUUCAUCAAGCGUGCGCAGCAUGGAGCUUGCCAAUGCCAUGGACGGGCCUGUGAAGCACCACGUCGUGCCAAUGACGGUCCGCCGAUUCGGCGAGCUGCAGCUCGGCUGCGAUGCCACCAAGGGACUGUCGGUAGCGCAGUGGCUCAGUAUCCCGAGCCACGCCCUCGGCGAAGUCGUCAAAGGCGCCGUGUAUCUAGACACCACCGGCGAAAUCACGGCGCUCCGGAAACAGCUGGCAUGGUAUCCACGGGAUGUUGGUCUCUACAUGCUGGCGGCUGGCUGGCAGCGGAUCGGCGAUGAGGAGCAUCUCAUGCCUCGCGCCGGCCAUGCCGGCAGCGAGCUGGGCUCGGCGCUGAUUGGGUCGCGGCUGGUGCGCGACGUCAUGCACCUCUGCUUCCUCAUGGAGAAGCAGCACGCGCAGUACGCCAAGUGGCUCGGCACGGCGUUUAGCAGGCUGGACUGCGCGGCGGCCAUGGAGCCGCUGCUGCGGCGUGUGCAGGUCGCGACGUCAUGGGAGUUGAGGCAGGCGCCCCUGGGCGAGGCGUAUGCGCUGCUGGCCCGGAUGCAUAAUGCGAUGGGGGUCACGCGGGAGAUGCAUACUGAGGUGUCGGGCUUCCAUGAUCGGCCGUUUAAGGUCAUUCAUGGCGAAGAAUUUGCGCAGGCGCUGCUGGAACAAAUUAAGGAUGAUGAGGUGAAGGCCAUUGCGCAGAGAUCGCUGGUUGGGAGUGUCAGCCAAUGGACUGAUAAUGUGGCCAUGAAGUAUGUUAACAGCAAGAAUAUCCAAGCCAUAUACCAAUAG